AUGCCGCCAGCCGGGCUCCGCGGCGCCGCGCCGCUCGCCGCGGUCGCGCUCCUGGUGCUGGGGGCGCCCCUGGCUCUGGCUGGCGAGGACUGCCUGUGGUACCUGGACCGGAAUGGCUCCUGGCAUCCGGGCUUCAACUGCGAGUUCUUCACCUUCUGCUGCGGGACCUGCUACCAGCGGUACUGUUGCCGGGACCUGAGCCUGCUCAUCACCGAGCGGCAGCAGAAGCACUGCCUGGCCUUCAGUCCCAAGACCAUAGCGGGCAUCGCCUCGGCCGUGAUCCUCUUCGUGGCCGUGGUCGCCACCACCAUCUGCUGCUUCCUCUGCUCCUGCUGCUACCUCUACCGCCGGCGCCAGCAGCUGCAGAGCCCAUUUGAAGGCCAGGAGAUCCCCAUGACAGGCGUCCCUGUGCAGCCAGUGUACCCAUACCCCCAGGACCCCAAAGCCGGCCCUGCACCCCCACAGCCUGGCUUCAUGUACCCACCCAGCGGUCCUGCACCCCAGUAUCCACUCUACCCGGCGGGACCCCCCGUCUACAACCCUGCAGCUCCUCCCCCAUACGUGCCACCCCAGCCCUCCUACCCUGGAGCCUGAGGAGCCAGCUGCAUCUCUGCCGUCCCUCAGGAGACUGAGCCUCCGCCUGGCCCCAGGGGAGGGCAGGGGCAUCUGCUCGCCAGGCCCCAGGCCCAGCCGCACCCUGAGACCUUCUGGGAACGGAGCCCCAGGGAGGAGGAACAGGAGCUGAGCUGGAACUUGGCCGUGACUGAGGGGCGGGUAGGGAGGGCCUGGGACACGCGGACUAUUUUUAUCAGGGGUGGGGGAAGGGCAGGAAAGCCUUCAUGGCCCCUGCUUUCUUCCAGCCCUUCUCCUCCCAGGACCCCGGGCCAGGAAGGCUGGGCCCCUCCUGUUUGUCUGCCGUGGACUGGGGGCUGGGGAGGCUCCACCAGCCGUGGGCAGAAGCCCCCCGGCCACCCUGCGGGCCGCGCUCCGGGGGAUUAAAGCUGUGGUGAUGUAA